AUGGCGACAAACGUCCCUCGACCGGGCCCCGCCAACUUGGGUCCCAAUGCGGGCUUGGACGAAUGGCUGGAGGAAGCUAAACAAUGCCACUAUCUGCCCGAAAGGGCCAUGAAGGAGUUGUGCGAGAAGGUGAAGGAGAUACUUAUGGAAGAAUCCAACAUUCAACCCGUCUGCACGCCCGUCACAGUUUGCGGAGAUAUACACGGCCAGUUUUAUGAUCUUUUGGAGUUGUUCCGGGUGUCUGGUGGCAUGCCGGGAGAGAGUAAUGUUCAAGCGCCGAAAACAGCCACGACGGUCAUCACAUCCGACGACAUCGAGCCGCCGAGCGAAAUCACAAACCCCAAAUUGAGGAAGAAGCUGCGGUCUCCCGUGGGUGAUACGAGUGGCGCUGAGGGCGAGGAUGAUGCCGAUGCGCCUGCUGGUUCUCGCCCAGGAUCAUCUUUAUCAGGCACCAACGUCACAUCUGUUCAGAGCGCGGAGACCCGGUUCAUUUUCCUCGGAGACUUUGUCGACAGAGGCUACUUCAGUUUGGAGACCUUUACGUUACUUAUGUGUUUGAAGGCCAAGUACCCCGACCGAAUUGUUCUCGUCCGUGGCAACCACGAAUCCCGGCAAAUCACACAGGUUUACGGCUUUUAUGAAGAAUGUCAGCAAAAAUAUGGAAACGCCUCGGUCUGGAAGGCUUGCUGCCACGUCUUUGAUUUUCUCGUUCUUGCAGCCAUUGUCGACGGCGAAGUACUAUGUGUCCACGGUGGUCUGAGCCCUGAAAUCAGAACGAUUGACCAAAUUCGCGUUGUUGCCCGUGCCCAGGAGAUCCCCCACGAAGGAGCGUUUUGCGACUUGGUCUGGUCGGACCCCGAGGAUGUCGAAACAUGGGCCAUCAGCCCACGAGGCGCCGGCUGGCUUUUUGGUGACAAGGUCGCCACCGAAUUUAAUCAUGUAAACGGCUUGAAGUUGAUUGCGCGAGCUCACCAGCUCGUCAAUGAAGGUUACAAGUAUCAUUUUGCUGAAAGCUCGGUUGUAACGGUUUGGUCUGCACCAAACUACUGCUACCGAUGCGGCAACGUUGCUUCAAUCAUGACUGUAGACAAAGAUUUGAACCCAAGAUUUAGCAUAUUUUCGGCGGUACCGGAUGAUCAGAGGCAUGUGCCUGCGAGCAGGAGAGGGCCGAGCGACUACUUCUUGUGA